AACGGCGUCAGCGUCGACAGCGCGCUAUUCCUCUCGCCGCCGCCGCCAUGUCGCCGCUCGCCUGCUCGCUGCUCGUGCUCGCUGCGCUGAUCGCCGCCACCGACGCCUUGUUAGCAAACCCUUUUUGCAACUACCUGGAAUUGGGUGAAACUGAAGGCUAUCCAGAAAAUAACUAUGUGGAUUUUACGCUAACCGUUGCUGGUGGCAUCAUCACUAUUCCUGAUAAAUGUUCCAGACCAGGAAACAAGCUCAUUGGCGAGGCUAUCAGCGUAUGUAAUACGCCCAACUUUAAGCCAGGUAUCACACAAGCAUUGCAGACGCAGUAUCAUUUCAAACCAAACUUCGCUGUAGUGAACAUCUACUGUCCUAGCGACAUCCCUGGCUGUGAUCGUCUCAAGGUUGACGUAAUGCAGUUUUGCGGAAUGGUGACUGGACCUAAUUGAGUAUUUGAGUAACGGUAAUUAUUAUGUGAUAAGAAUCUAAUUCUUUUCAAUGACCGUAAAAUAAACCGCAACAUAAUCACGA